UUUCUUUAUUUUUCUUUACCUUCUCCCAUUGGCAUUCGUUCAUCAGCUCUCUCUCUCUCUCUCACUCUCACUCUCCAAUCCCCAACCGUACAUCAAAUUCUCGUCCGCUGCUACUUCCGCUGAGAUUUCCACUGCCGCUCUGAUCCGUCUUCUUCCAUCAGUGACUUUUCUGCUCUCAAUUCCUGAGUGUACGGACACCUCCGGCUAUGGGAGGAGGAAGUGAGGGUUCUGUGGACGACGCUGCCCAAUCCGACGGCGGACAUGGAGUCAAGGUCAACGUCAACGUCAAGUGCUCUAAUGGCUCCAAGUUCACCGUUCAGAUUGGCCUCGAAUCCACCGUUGGAUCGUUCAAGGAAGUCCUCUCGCCGAAAUGCGACAUUCCGGCCAAUCAGCAGCGGCUGAUUUACAAGGGCCGGAUCUUGAAGGACGAUCAAACGCUCCAAAGCUACGGUUUGGAGGCAGAUCACACUCUUCACUUGGUUCGUGCUUCAGCAAACACGGGUGUUGCAACCAAUGCUGGAGCUGCAAAUUCUACCCAAGGAAGGGGUGUUAGAUCUAGUGAAGGCAGUGGGACACUAGGAGGGUCUGGUUUUGGAACCUUGCCAUCCCUUGGACUUGGACUUAAUGGCAAUGGAAUGGGUGGUGCUGGUGGUCUAUUCGGAGCUGGGUUUCCUGAAUUUGACCAAAUGCAGCAACAAAUGACUCAGAACCCUAACGUGAUGAGAGACAUAAUUAACAUGCCAGCCAUUCAAAAUAUUAUGAAUAACCCAGACAUAAUGCGGAACUUGAUUAUGAACAACCCUCAAAUGCGUGAAGUUAUUGAUCGAAAUCCUGAGCUAGCACACGUGCUUAAUGAUCCUAGCACCCUCCGUCAGACACUUGAAGCAGCAAGAAACCCUGAGCUUAUGCGUGAGAUGAUGCGCAACACUGACAGAGCCAUGAGCAACAUUGAAGCCACUCCUGAGGGAUUUAAUAUGCUCAGACGCAUGUAUGAGAACGUACAAGAGCCGUUUAUGAAUGCAACAACUAUGGCUGGAGAUGCUGGAAGUGACGGUUCAAACCCAUUUGCAGCUCUUUUGGGGGCCGAAGGUGGCAACCAAACCAGAGCUCAGUCCACUAACCAAUCAACAGUUAGUUCUGAUACAGCAACUGGUUCUCCUGCUCCAAAUACUAACCCACUUCCUAACCCAUGGUCCUCUGCUGGCACUGGUGUUGGUCAAACUAACACCGCAUGGUCGAAUCCUUUCGGGGAUGCUACGCUACAGACACCGUCUGGCACAGCUAGAAGUAGCCUAGCUGGAAUUAGCUACCCAGAGUUAGAAGGAGCAUUUGGUGCCAUGCCGCAGGAUAGCAAUUUACUGAAUCAAUUGAUGCAAAAUCCAGCUGUUUCUCAAAUUAUGCAAAGCCUCCUCUCUAAUCCUGAGUAUAUGAACGAGAUUCUAGGUUCCAACCCCCAGUUACGCAGCAUGCUUGACUCCAAUUCUUAUUUAAGAGAGAUGAUGCAAAACCCAGAAUUUCUUCGUCAGUUGGCUUCUCCUGAGACUAUGCAGAUGCUCUUGACUUUGCAGCAAUCACUUCUGUCGCAACUUGGUCGGCAACAGCAACAGUCAACCCAGGAACCAGGUCAGACUGGUGCAAACACAGGAAUAUUAAAUAACAUGGGGUUAGACGCGCUGAUGAAUAUGUUUGGCGGGCUUGGCACUGGCAACCUGGCUGUUCCCAAUCGGCCUGAUGUGCCACCUGAAGAACUUUAUGCUGCACAGCUUUCACAACUUCAGGAGAUGGGUUUCUUUGAUCGACAAGAGAACAUACGGGCUCUGAUGGCCACUGCAGGAAAUGUACAUGCAGCAGUGGAGCGGCUUUUGGGGAAUUUGGGACGAUAGGUUAUAUUUUCAAAUUUUCGAUUUAUCUGGUUGUGUCUAUGUGGUGACUGCUGAGAUUAGUCAAUGUUAGACCUAAGAUGUGUUUGAGUGCCCAUUUCGGGUAUGAAUAAGCUGAUUUUCUGACAAUACGAGCCCUAUGUUAGUGGUGGUGCGAAUCUAUGGUCAUCGGAUUAUGGUCUCCUUCCUCGGAGGCUUGGCAGUCCCUGGUGUACAUACGUAAGAAAAAGAGAAAUUCAUCACUUGAAUGGUUUGGCAAAGUUGUGUACUUUGGAGAUUUCUUACAUUUUUCGAGUACAUGUAGACAUAACUGUUUAAAUUUCUGUGGUUUUCCCCAUUUUCAUGAAUGUUUGGGAGAUUUCGACACUGAAAGUUUUGCAAAACUUGUUGAAUGCUUGCACGGGA